AUUGACUUUUUGCAAGAAUUUUAAAUUAGUGUUUGUUAAAUUGCCGUCGCUUUUUUAUGGUCAAUUUCGGUAGUUAAAAACUCUUGACAGGCCUUUAAGAAGCGGCUUUGGCUGCGGCCUCAAACUGGGCGAAUACCGUAAAAUGACACGUGUCCGGCGUAUUGUGCGCUCGACCUAAAAGUAUGCUGCAUCAUUAGUGUCAAGCUUUUCGGUAGACUUUCCAGCUGAAAGUCAACUGGCUGGGCUCAUUAGAGGACAACAGCAACAGCAAAAGCGCAUUAGCGAGGGUCAAACGACAAGUUCCUAAGUCAGCCAACAGGACAAAGCAUUCAUAAUUACUUGACAGCAAGGAAGGGGAGCAGCAGAAGCAGCUGCUGCCUGGCAAAAGUCAAGGGCACAAAAAGUGGGCCACCACGCCCCGUCCCAUUGUCAAUGAAUAGCAUGCAUCUAGCUCGGGCAGCGAACAGUCGUACCUUGUGCCACCCAAAGCUCUGCAGGAUGUCGGCAAGCUGAUGUGCUCCAGAAACCCAGCAGAAGCAGCAACAGCAGCAGAAGGAGCAGAAGUACUCCAUACCAAGACAGAGGCGACAAAUUAAGAGCACUUGCAAAUUGUUGUCGGGAAAUUGAUAUAUUCGAUUAGCAAUCUUAAAAGUCGAUCAGAGGAGCAACCGAGAAAGGCGGCACAAGACGGCGGCAUCUUUAAUUUAUCAGCUCAGAGGACACGCCCACGCCCACGGAGCAGCAGCAGCUGUGUUCGUAUUGUGUGAAAACAAGUAGAAGAAAAUUUACAUCCUGUGCUCUAAGCAUUAGCUGCUUUAAGCCGAGUCAUGCCUGAGCAGGAUAAUUACGAUGAUGAGUUGGUUUCCAGCAACCCAAAUCAACGCAACUGGCGCGGCAUUCUCAUCGCUCUGCUGGUGAUCAUCAUUGUGCUGGCCCUGAUUGUAACUUCGGUGGUGCUGCUCACGCCACCCGAUGAGGGACCGCGCGUCAAGGGACAGCGCAUCAAGCUGCAGGACAUCGUCGACGGCCUCUACGUGCCGCAGCGUGCCAAUGGCAGUUGGAUCGACGCCGAGGAGUUUUUGUAUCAGGACCAUUUGGGCCGUAUCUGCCUGCUGAAUGCAGCCAAUCGCACGGAACGCGUCCUCAUGUCCAAUGUGACAUUUAAAACUCUGGCGCCGUUCACAUUUAGCAUAUCGGCGGAUAAACGUUACCUGCUGCUGGCCCAAAACGUUGUCAAAUUAUUUCGACACUCGUAUUUGGCGCAGUACACGUUAUUUGACAUACACACAAGCGAGGCCAUCAAGCUGCGCCACAAUCCGCAACAGGACGAAUGGCCCUAUUUGCAUUUUGCGCGCUUUACAAGCGCCGGAAAUGCUUUAAUCUGGGUGCACAACUAUGAUAUUUACUAUCGUCAGGAGGUGCGUGCCUCGCAUGCUUAUCGCAUCACACACGAUGCGGUGCCGGGCGUUGUCUAUAACGGCAUACCCGAUUGGCUAUACGAAGAGGAAGUUCUGCAUACUAAUAAUGCAAUUUGGCUAUCGGACGACGGGCAACUGCUGCUCUAUGCCAGCUUCAACGAUACACACGUCCAGGAGCAGCAUUUUGCGUGGUAUGGCACCACCUCAACUGGCGCCGCAGGCGGUGCUGCGACAAGCGGCACAACUCAUGGCAAUGGUGGUGUCGGUGGUGGCACUAGCUCUGGCGGUGGCUCAGCUGGUGGCAGUAAUCCGCAUGCCAACUUGUAUCCGGAAAUUAGAUCCUUACGAUAUCCUAAGCCGGGCACACAGAAUCCGACAGUCACCCUGCGGGUAGCCGACCUGGCGGUUCCUGAGAAGAUACACAUCAUAGACUUGAAACCGCCGAAAAUUAUAGAAAACGAGGAUCAUUACUUUAGCAGCGCCAGUUGGGUAAGUGCCAAGGAGAUCGCUGUGGUGUGGCUAAAUCGGCCGCAGAAUAUAUCCGUGGUCAGUGUCUGUAGGAGUCCCUCGUUUGUCUGCAUCGAGACGCAUCGUGUGAGCGGCGAUGGACGCGGCUGGGUGGACACUGUCUCGGUGCCAUUGUUUGCGGCCAAUGCCAGCCACUAUGUGGCUAUAUCGCCGCUGCGAGACGGCUCGUUUGGCUAUUUCCGGCACAUCGUGCACGUGGACAUUGACAAUAAUCGCGUGCUGCCCCUCACACACGGACCCUACGAGGUGAAUCGACUCCUGCACUGGGAUCAGCUCGAUAAUUGGAUCUACUUUCUGGGCACACCGGAGCGCCUGCCCUCGCAGCAGCAUUUGUAUCGCGUCUCGGCGCUGCCUGCUCGACAGGGACAGGCUCUGCAGGCGCCCGACUGUCUGACGUGUCCAGCGCUUAUGCACGGCAGCGAUGGCUAUGACGAGGGUCAAACCAAAUCGCCGCCAAAGCUGGUGACCGCCUGGGACGAUGACUGGGAAGACUCCGAGGAGGCGGAGGCGCUGCCGCCGCCACCGGCCAUGCCCGUAGAGCAGCAGCGACAGGCGCGUGGACACGGAGCGCCACCACCCAGUGAUUGCCUGUACCAUGAGGCACAGUUUCCGCUGACGCUGCGAGCGCGCUAUGUUCUAGUGGAAUGUCUGGGUCCAGUUGUGCCCAAUUCUAUAAUAUAUGGCCUGAAGUUGCCCACUGGACCCAAGGCCAAAAAGCAAAGCCUACCGCAAGAGCAGCUAGCAGCAGAAGCUGCAGCUGCUGCUAAGGAAGCUGGCGAGCCGAAGUCACAGUUUCUGGAGCUGCUCGUCACCGUGCAGAACAACACGCGUCUCAAGGAAAAGAUGGCCAAAGUGGCGCUGCCGCAGGUAAAAACCUUUCCAGUUAUGAUCUCCGGCGGCUAUCAUGCCCAGGUGCGUCUCUAUCUGCCGCCCGUGCUGCGCGAGGAUGAGAUAACACGUUAUCCCACCAUAUUGCACGUAUACUCCGGUCCGGGCUCUCAACUGGUCACAGAUCGCUGGCACAUCGAUUGGAACACCUAUUUAUCCGGCAGCAAGGAUUACAUAGUUAUCGAGAUCGAUGGCCGUGGCUCAGCCGGUCAGGGCUAUCAGCUGCUGCACGAGGUUUACAAGCGUCUGGGCAGCGUUGAGGUAUCCGAUCAGCUGGAGGUUAGCGAAUACUUGCGCGAUAAUCUACACUUUAUCGAUGCGCGCCGCAUGGGCGUCUGGGGCUGGAGCUAUGGCGGCUAUACUGCCGCCCUCGCCCUGGCCGGACAGCAGUCGAUCUUCCAGUGCGGCAUCAGUGUCUCGCCGGUGACCAAUUGGAAGCUUUAUGACUCCACCUAUGCGGAACGUUAUCUGAGUUUUCCGAACGUAACCGACAACUACAAAGGCUACGAGGAGAGCGAUCUGUCCAAGUACGUGGACAAUUUGCGCGAGCGUCAAUUCCUGCUGGUGCAUGGCACAGCGGAUGACAAUGUGCAUGUCCAGCAAUCUAUGGUACUCGCACGUGCUCUGACCAGCAAGGGUGUGCUAUAUAAGCAGCAAAUCUAUCCCGAUGAGGGGCACAGUUUGUCCGGCGUAAAGCGACAUCUUUAUCGCUCCAUGACCGCCUUUUUUGAGGACUGUUUCAAGAAGCUGGUAAACGAUUCAAGCAACCAACAAAUCUGGGCCUUUGCGCUGGCAACUGGAGAACAAACGCGCCGCUGCGCUGAUGAAUGCGAAAUUCGACAACCUGGUGAUGGCUGCCAAGGAGCAUCCAUCGAAUAUAUUGCAGGCAUUGCUGCCACUGGUGAAACCCUCGCGACCCAUUGUUAUCUUCAGCACGUGCAAGGAGCUGCUGCAGGAAACUUAUAUGGAGCUGAAGACGUCCGGCAAGGUGACCAACCUGCAUGUGACCUCCAACUGGAUGCGCAUGUAUCAAAUACUGCCAAAUCGAUCCCAUCCCGAGGUCAAUAUGAGCGGCAACAGUGGCUACCUCUUGACGGGCUACACACUGAAAUAACUAAAAAGUGACUAAGGAUCAGCUGGCGAAGGAUGACACCAGCAAAACACAAAUUAGUUAUGUAGUUAGUUAAACGAGAACUAGGUAAUAUGCAGAAACAAUUACCGACAAUACAGUACAAGCUCGGUUUAACGCACAGCCGGACAGCUUAAAUCUUAAUGAACUUGUUUCCCCCAUUUUAUAUUCGAAAUGGUAUGAAUGCAUUUCAUACAUUUCUUAGUCAUAUUUCAGAUCCAAAUAACCUCAAAUUAUCGACGAUUUAACAUAGCUGUGUAUAUCUUAUAGCUUACACCUUCAGGAAUUAUUAUUGUACCGACUAGGAUAUCGUCUGAUAAAUUUAAACCUGAUCUGUGCGUAACAGAAUGAUCCAAUAUACCACAUUUAUUCACAUUGAAUGUCAACUGAUUCUCCGCAUUAUGGCGAUCUUUUAAGACAGACGAACGGGCGGGCGGACAGACAUUGUUAUUUGGACUCUGCUAUUAAUGCUCAGUAGUAACGAGUCAGAGAUUCUUCCAUUAUACCCUUCUCCCCACAUUAUCAAUGGGUACAGGUUAUAGAGUGUUCCAGACAGAGCUGUGCUUUAAAGAGAGCGCUCAAUGUAUGCGAAUAAACAGAUGUCCAAUUUUGGAUAAUA